AUGUUUAAGUCUGUUCACAUUAAUUCUAUCGGUCGAAAAAUUCAAUCGGAUGUUGCUUAUUUGAAGACAAAUUUCAAUGUGUCUGCUAAAUUAGUUGUUAUAGAAGUUGGUAAUCUACCACAGUCAAAACUGUACAUUGAACAAAAGUAUAAAUUCGCCAGCAAAUAUGACGUAAUUUUAUCACAUAUACGAUUUCCACCACAAUUAACGGAGUCGGAAAUUCUGGACUAUAUUUGCAAGCUCAACGCUGAUUCAUCAGUGCAUGGCAUCGCUAUACAGCUUCCACUAGACUCGGAUAUGAAUAUCAGUGUUACCAAUUUGUUGAAUGCUGUCACUAACCAAAAAGAUGUCGAAGGUUUAAACUCGUAUAAUACGGCUUUAUUGAGUCGUGGCAGCAUUCUGUGUCCUCAUUGUAAAGGUUUGAAACAAAAAAACAUCCACAUACCGUGUACAGCAGCUGCAUGUUAUUCUCUAAUUCAACAUGUGAACUUCCCUAUAAUCGGUUCACGCUGUGUCAUUGUUGGUCGUGGUCGUCUUGUCGGUGCACCUACAGCUGAAUUGUUAUCUGGAUCAUGUGGUGCAACGAUUACACAGUGUCAUUUAGAUUCCAUUAAUAUUGAUGAAGAUAUAAGUCGUGGAGAUAUUAUUAUUUCAGCAGUUGGUCAUCCAGGAUUAAUCAAGGGUGAAUGGAUUAAGCCAGGUGCAUUAGUGAUUGAUUGUGGCUAUUCUAUUAUGAAUGACCCUCAAAAUCUAGGUAAAUCUCGGUGUGUUGGUGAUGUGGAAUUUAUGUCAGCGUUAGAAAAUGCUAAAUGGAUUACACCAGUUCCCGGCGGUGUUGGUCCUGUUUCAAUUGCUAUGUUAUUCCGUAACACCCUGAACAGUGCUAAAUGGUCUGUAGGAUUGGAUAGUUGCUGUUGUACAUGCUCCACUGAGACAGAUAUUUUCAAAAACCAUUAUUGUGAUAGAAAAGUAUCUGGUUGCUGA